AUGUCGCGAUUGGCUUCGAACAGGAAGAUCUGCACAUAUGAGGACUUUACCGUGUUUGAAGGAGAUUUUCGAUCAAUUUGCUCAGGAUGGUUAACUGAUACCGCUGUUAAUUUCGGAGCGAUUUAUCUGAAAAAUCAGAUUUUAGGUGGGAAGAACGAUCAAGUAAGUUGAAGUUCAGUUUAUUAUUGGUGUUUAGGUAUGUCUGGUUUAUGCUUUUAUGUGUGAACUGAUAAAAUAUUGUGAUCUACGACGAUCCGAAGCUCAAGAACUUCUAAAAUCUGUUGGAGCGGACAAAAAGAAGUGGACCGCCUUUAUUCUUAAUGAUAAUGUAGACCCGACGGUGGUAUCAGGUGGAUGUCAUUGGACUUUAUUGAUGCAUGAUCCCACUAAAAACAUAAUUUGGCAGUUGGAUCCUAUGUCAGCGAAUGUUCCGCCUCACUGUUUUCAAUUUUAUCAACGAAUCAAGACAUUUUUUGGACAUGAAUAUAAAGUUUUGGAGUGUCCGAAGAUGACAGUGAAUGGAAGUUGUGGAGUUUACGUUCUGGAAUAUCUACAUGUUAUCUUUCAGGUACGGAAAAAGUUUUAGAAGAUUUGGUUUCUAAGUUUUUGUGCAACAGUAAGAUUUAUAUUUUAGGCGCUAGGACAAAUGCGGUUUUUGGACAUUUGCGGAUCUUCGGUUUUUAGACACUUGCGGAUUUUGGACAUUUGCGGAUUUUUUAAAGGUUUUUUUUAUUUUUUAGUUAAUUUAGUUGUAUUAUGGUACUAAAUUGUACUAAAGUUUGAAUUGGUACGGUUUUAACAUAACAGUACCUUUUUGGGCUUUUAGUACUAUUUAGUACCAAAAAUAUAAAAACAGUACCAAUUAAAAAUUAAGUACUAUUUAACAUUAAGAAAUAUUAAGACAGUGCCAAUUUAAACUUUAGUACCAUUUAGUACCAUACUACAACUAAAUUAAAUAAAAAAUAAAAAAAACCCUUUUAAAAAAUCCGCAAAUGUCCAAAAUCCGCAAGUGUCCAAAAACCGAAGAUCCGCAAAUGUCCAAAAACCGCAUUUGUCCUAGCGCCAUAUUUUAUAGUUAAUUUUUGUUACCUAAAUUUAUUUAAAUUCAAUUUUUUUGGUAAUUUCAAAUAAUGUUUGAUUUCAGAGUAUCAAAAACGACAUUAAGGACAUACGGGAGAUGGAUUUUAGUAGAAUCAACGACAAAUUCGCGGCAGAACGGAGGAUAUCUUAUUGUAAAAUAUUGAAUUCGUUGGCUGAAGAACAGAAACGGCCUCCAGUGGAUGUAUAG